AGAAGGUAACACAGUCAGAGAGAGUGCUGCUGGCCCUUUAAGACUCUCACGGUCGCCUUGGUUACGACCAGGAAGUAACUUUGACAUGGAAGCAUCUGCGGGCUGAAGCGUUCCUGCCUUUUCAUUCUUCAUCAGAGAGGUUUCAGUGAUUGUUUCAGUUGACGACAGAAGGAGAGGUAAGUCCUAGAAUAAGACAAAGUCACUUUAAGAUUAUUUCAACCCUCGUAUGUUAAGAAAAUACCGAAACAUCCGUCGACGUUAGCCGCUGGGUCAGUUCUCUCAGCUGCUCUGUUAGCUUUAAUGCUAACCUGACUGUCUCUUUGGCUGUUCAGUUUCGUCCUUUUUUAAUAUUUUUGGGCGUGAUGUUGUUCAUGGACAGGCCUCGUUCUCCUCUGUGUGUGUGUGUGUGUGUGUGUGUGUGUGUGUGUGUGUGUGUGUGUGUGUGUGUGUGUGUGUGUGUGUAUACCUUCACUGUCGCUGUCCAUGGUGCUAACACACAGUAAACAGAUGUCUGAAGUCUGUUUUUCACAUUUACGAUUCUUCUUGAACCCAGUUAUUCAUUUUUGUCCUCUGAUGUGGACAUGAGUCUAAAACGAAUAUUUCUAAAACGUUAUCAGAUCUUAUAAUGAUACUGUGUGUACCAUUCAGAAGACAUCCAGACCUUUCCUUAGAGUUUAAAAAAAGCUUUUAAAACAUUUGGCAUUAACCCCUUUGAUUAUAAUAAUUAAGAAUGAUUAACGUACAUAUGAAGAGAGAGAGAGAGCAUUUACAUGAGAUGUUUUGGAUAAGGGCCCUUUAACUGCCAUUUUUGGCCAAACAGGUGACAGUCCCAUGUCUCAAUCACGAGACAAAAAUAUCCAAACAUUUGUCACUCACUCAAUCAAUCAAUCUUUAUUUUUUAAGCACUUUUCAUACAGGGAAUGUAGCACAAAGUGCUGUCCAUUCGCACAGGAUAUUAAAAAACAAUGAAAUAAAAUUAAAAUAAAAAACAAAUGCCAAACCCCACCCACCCUCCCAACCUCAUUCAACACGUACAGCACUCACACGCUCACACACAGAUGCAGACACAAAAGACCAGGACACUUCAACUUCAACUGGAUCUCGCACUAAAACGUUAAAAUCAUGAUAAAAUAUAAUAAGGGUCAUAAAACGUUAAAAGUUAAUUAAAUAAAAGUGUUAAAAAUCAAACAAUAAAAGAAAGUAAAUUAAAAAAGAGGAAAUAAAACACAAAAUAAUUACUCUAGGACUAAAAUAGCGUAAAUCAAGAUUAAACCAAAAUUCACCUAAAAGCAAGACUAAAAUGGUAGGUCUUUAGCUUACUUUUGAAAAUAUGAACUGUAGGUGUCGCUCUCAGGUCUGCAGGUAGGCUGUUCCACAGAUGGGGACCGUAAUGUUGGAAUGAUGAUUCACCAUAUUUUUUAGUUUUUACUUUGGGAACGAUUAAAAGACCACUACCUGAAGACCUGAGGGCUCUACUAGGUUCAUACGGUAGAAGCAAAUCAGAAAAAUAAGAAGGAAAAAGACCAUUAAGAGCUUUAAAAACUAAUAAAAGAACCUUAAAAUCUACGCUGAAGGACACAGGUAGCCAAUGCAGACAUUUUAAAACUGGUGUGAUGUGGGCUCUCUUCCUGGUCUUCGUCAGCAUGUGUGCAGCAGAAUUUUGUAGAGGCUGAAGCUGUGAAAUGUUCUUUUUAGGAAGACCAGAGAGGAGAGCAUUGCAUCGGUCAAUUCUGCAGGUGAUAAAAGCAUGAAUUAGAGUCUCUGCAUUGGCUUUUGAGAGAAACUGGCGCACUCUGGAGAUGCAUUAUUAUUUCGGCAUGAUUUUGUCAGUUUGGGAUUUUCCAUCUUAUAUUCAAAAUAGCGAACAGAGGAGAGGAUGCACAAGUACCCCAGGAAUGAGUGUAAAGUUGUUUAAUGCCCCCCCAAAAAACAAACAAACAAACAAACAAACAAACAAACAAACAAAUCAAAAAGCUGACAUAAAAACAUCCAGCCUCACAGGUACCUUUAAGAGUGACUUCAGGAGAAGCCAGUGGCAGCUAAUGACCUUUUAUUUAUAACUUCCGAAACAAGUUUUGUUAUUAAACUGUUUAACUCUGGUUCUUCUCCAGAACAUGAGCGAGAGCGGGGAUGAGAUCAAACCUGUCAGCUGUACCAUCAAACCUCCUGUUUACCUGCACAUUGGAGAGACAAAGACAGACCCUGCCCACUCUGGCGUCUGCGUGGUGGACGUCACCCUCCCCUUUGGAAAACCUGUCAAUGUGAGCAUAUAUUAAAAAAGAAAUGUGUCAUCCAUUAUGUUUUAAUUUUUUAAUAUUUGCAUUAGAUGAAUUAUUGAGGUGCGCAUGCUUCUAUAAAGCUAAUUAAAAAAAAGCAUUUUAAAGUGAGCUUGCUCUAAAUCCACCUGAGAACCUACUUCAGGUCUAUUACAUGGAGUAAACUGACUGUGUUAUGAAGAAGAAGUUUAAUCCCUUCAGUAUUAGACGUUUGCUUAUCCUCCAGCCUGCAUAUGCAUCCUGAAAGUACAACUUUCCCUUAAACUUCAUUAAAUCCAAAACUCCUGCUGUCUCCCGGCGGCACUGUCUAAUAAAGCAGAAAAUAACUCACAUACAAGCAAAACAGGAGUUUAAAAGACUCGCUGUGUUCCUGAGGAGAGGGGGACUUCAAACAUUUUGGGCUUUGACCCAAUUUUUUAUCAUUUAGUGCUAAUUAAGAGUCAUUUUUAAAGCAGAGCAGCUCCUCAUUAGCUCACAGCUUCAAAGUCCUCCGCCUGCAGCCAGUUAAUGCAUGAAGGAUUAUCUGCACCGCUGCUUUCAGGGGGAAUACUGGGAUUUGGCAGAGUCAGUGUUUCCUCAACAAUAGGUGCGGAUUCACUGUAAACCAGAGACAGUGUAAUGAGUCUGAUAUACUGUUCAAGAAAAUGCGCUUUUUGUCAUUUCAUCCAGCAAGGCAGCGCAGAGCUUAUAUUUGUAUAUGAUAGCAGUAAAAGUCAGAUUUGUGUGAGUAGAUGGUAAAAAGCAGCUGAAAGUCAUAAUUUUUGUUCUUGAAUGCCAUCCAAACUGAUACAUCCAUCAGCUUCAAUCAUGCAGUGAUGAAUUCCAGCAUUUUUUUAAUAAGUGUUACGGCGUCUGAUUGUUACAGGUGGAGGAGAUCACCUUUAAGAACUACUAUACCGCCUACCUAACUGUGCGUCUGCUGAGGAGGAGCCCCGGGCAGGAGGCCCCCUCCAAGUGGUCUACAGCGCUGAGAGACCUGCCUCUGAUGGACAACCCCCACACUGAGGGGGGGUCCCAGGACUACUACUCCAUCCACAGGACACAGGUUUGUGACUGUGUAAAACAGGUGGGCGGAGUCUGUGUGUGUGUGAUUAAGAAAUUUCAAUCAACACAUGUAAGAGUCUCAUGCUUUCAAAAGUAAUUAUAGGUGGAUAAAAGUAAAAAAUAAAAAAUAGAUAAAUAACAGUGCAACAAGUUUGAAGUUUGAUUACAACUCCUUUUAGAUGAGGAGGAAUGUAGCUGUGCUCCAAAGUGUUUGACACAGCCACAAACUUUAACAUGCACAAACUUGUGUAACUACUCCACAAUCUUGUCUAGAUAGACUCAAACUUUUAUCCAUGUGACUUUAAACAACUGCUUUUUGUCAUAGAGCUGGAGCUGAACUCCAGUCAGAUCUAAGAGUUUAAAACUGAACAGCUUGUCUGUAAGAAAAGCUCUGUAAGCAUUUUAAUGUAGAUUUAAAGAGACAAUCAGACUGAGCAUUUUUUUUAAUUUCUGGUUUAUUAUCGCUGUAAAUAGAGCCAGAUGGUGACUACUGGUUUACUUUGUGUUUACUUCAGAUGGUGCUCUGAGUCUGACAGAGUUUAGAGGAUAAUUAUGAGUGUAAGUCAUGUUCAUUUGCUAUUUGUUAUAGUAAGGCUUAAAGGAUGUUCACUGUAUCCUGAGACUGCAGGGAAUCUCUGUAUGGGGACUGAAACUAAGACAGAAACUUAAUAAAAGUGUCACAACAACAUUUUUAAAUCAAACUAAACAGCAGGGCUUUGUCUGAAAAUACUCCUCAUAUGUUUUACAGGGUUUUAUGUUGAAGGGACGGGGAUCAGCCAGACACAACAGAGAGAUUUGAUAAAUGUCAGAUGUUUCUUUUGCCACUGAUGUUUGCAUAGAUAAACAUGGAGGCAGAUUUUUACCUCUGCUGUUCCUCUCUAUUAAAAAAUGGGUUGUUUUUGCAGUCGUGUCAUUGUGUUAGAGUCAGUCUUUUCUCAUACUUAGGGUUGCUGGUUUAAUCCCAGCUUCUUUAGUCAUGCGGUGUGAUCACUGUUGGCAUAUCCAGCAAAAGCAAGAAGAAACUACUUGUGGUAUGACAACACUAUCAAACAUUUGAUUAGAUUUGAACGGUAUAAAUUAGGCACUUAAGAGCUAAAGAGCUAAGUUUGAGCUUAUUUCAAUCUUUAUUUUUCAAAUAAUUCAGUAUUCAUUAUUUGAUUUCAUUAGUUUUUGUUAUACUCUCUUUAAAGAAGGUUUCAGUGUAAAAAUAAAGUCUGACUCAUAUGUUAUCAGGCCUGUUGUUUUUCUACAUGAGGUGUGGAAUGAAUCCCCUUCUCAAACAAAUACAAAGUACCAUUUUUUACUCGGUUUUUACAGUUUUUUUAUUUUGAUUUAUUGUUGUUUGUUUGUUCAGAUGCAGGUAGAGCCGGAUAAUGUGACGUCAGUCAGACUGAUCCUGAGACAGCCGUCUGCUGCCUGGCUCACCUUCAGCCUGGAAGAGAUCAAGAUAUAUCCUCACACAGAGCCGGUCAGUUUGGAAACAUGUUUUAGGUGUUUGUUGGUUUGUUUGAUUUUUAAUUGGUAGAAAAUGAACCCAGAGUGGUAAAGAAACACAAAUAAGAAGGAUGAGAUGUAAAUGUCAGAGAUAUGAAGGUGAGUUAUUCAAUGAUGUACAAAAACUUAUUUCACUCAUGACUUCGCUGAUCCUAUUUUGCUGAUUUAACUCAGGGAAAACAGAUCUCCAGCAGGGGGCCGACAUUUUUGUUGACACCUGGAGCCAUUUUGGGGUCAACAUGUUUUUGUCCAAAAAAGGGAUGAAUAUACAAACCUUAUUUUUUAAAUUUUUUUUUUAUUAUUUUUUUACCAUGUCAUAAUACUCGAUAUCUUUUUUAAUAAUAAUAAUAAUGCAUCAGAUUUUUAUAGUGUAUUAUCAGAGACCCUUAAAGCACUUUCCAUUGGACACAUCAUUGUUUCGCUCUUGGUGGUAAACUACCUUAGUAGUCACAGCUGCCCUGGAGGCAGUUUGCACCUACGGCCUCUCCGUAGGUCUCCACCACCACACAACACUUACAACCAUACACCAGAGCAGGACACACACCGGGAGUAGGUGUAGGUGUAGUGUUAAGUGUCUUGCCCAAGGAGGGGGGAAUCGAACCACCAACCUUCCAGUUAUUGUACAACUGCUCUAUCUCCUGAGCUACUGUGGCCUAUCAGUGCAUGACACUGUAAGCCAAUACGGUUUUAUUUUCUUGCUGCAAGGUCAGCAGUUGCAGCCAUUACACUCAAAGCGAUGUCACACCCAACUUGAAGGUUCAGUUUGGUGCUUUCAGGAUAUUUUGCUGGUAGAUAAUGUUAGAUAGAUAGUUUAUGCUGAUAGAAGGGUCUGUGUGACCCUCAGAGGGUGACAUGAUAAGAGGUCUGUCUGGCUUUUUUGGAGAUGAGACUCCAAGUUUAAAAUGUCUGGAGGAUAUUGCAGAAUUAAUUCUUCUUUACUCACAUGAAAAACCGUCCAUGUGUCAAAGCCCCCUAUAGUGGUGACCUUAGGGCAACACAGCUUUCUGAUUACCUCCGUCUGUUUUUUCUCAGGUUGGUUUAGAAGGAAGGGGAACUCCACAAGGAAUGUGCUUGCGUUUAAACAUGUCUACAUCCAUGGAAAACACUAUAAUAUCUAAUAUUAUGAAGUACACAGAAGAGCAUAAAGGUGUUUUCCCCUUUAACUGUAAUCCUGUUAUAAGACUUUCCUCCCUCUCUCUCCUCCAGGACCCGGAGAAGGAGGUCUCUGAUUGGCUGUCUGACCUGACCCUGGUGGAUAACCAUCCUGAUCUGGAGGUAGAACAGUUUUUUUUCCGUUUUCCACUCGCAGGAGGUCAAAUAUCAUAACUACAGCUAGUUUAAACACAGCAGAUUAUUAUUUAUUUACCCUAAUGUGAGUAAAUGCACAAAAAAAAAAGCUGUUUGAAAAAAGUGAACUAUAAAAAUGUUUUCAACUAAUUUCCCUCCUCACCUGAGGGUAGUGAGCUCGCAUCUAGUUUUUAUUUGUUUUUCUUCUUUUAAAUUCAAGAAGCCUGGGGAGAUUUACAUUUUUAAUCUUAGAAAUAAGUACUUUUAACACCCUGUCUGCAGCUCUAAAGUUCCUGUCUGUCCACUCUUACAUGUCCCUCCCUUCUCAUCUGUCUGUGGAGCAGGGUCUCCCAGACCCUCAGACUGUCUCCUCCAGCCUGCAGCAGAUGUGGGCGCUGACUGAGGUGAUGCAGAGCAACCAGACCACGGCCUCUAUUGGACGAUUUGAUGUGAGUCUUUUUGAGAAACUAAGGAUGUCAGAUAGCUGUGUCACUGCUGAGUGCUCUUAAACAUUCAAGUACAGUCCUUCAGCCAGGGAUGAAAGUUCAAAUUCUCUGAGUAGUCUUUGCAAAUGUUAACCUUAAAUGUCUUCCUUUGAGAGAAACAACACCAUAUGUGAACCCUUGAUCACAUAUUUUCAACAGUACCACGAUAGCUUUAACUGAGAGUUAUCUAUUACAGAGCUACAGAACUUACAGAGGUGCACAAGUUAUUAUACAUGCUGAAUAUCAGGAAGUGGAGCAACUCCUUAAAAUAAUCUCAAACAGAGCAAAGCUCAAACUGCUAAAUGUGGAUCGCUGCAACGGGAGAAAUGAGCAGGAAACAUUUCAGACUCACCGCGUCUAGUUUUCUGCGGGCUUGUUCUCGUUAAGAAAAUCAGGAUGUCUCCUUGGUGGGGCCAGGAUCAGUCAGACAAAUGAACAGAUGGUGCUGAUGUUGCUGCUGGCUGGCAGAUGUACUGCUGUCCCAGCUUUUCCUCUCUGCAUCUCUAUGAAAUGUUCUCAGUCUCAUGUCUGUAACUGGAGAUGCAGCUGUGGUGUAUGUCUUCUUGGAAACAACUGAUCUGAUUGUUGUUCAGAAGAAGUAUCAGUUUUCAAUUUCAACAAAGAGGAGAGGAAUCAGCUGAGUCUGAAUGAGACAUUCACUGAGCGCACUCUGUCUCUGUUCUGUUUUUCAGGUGGAUGGAUGUUACGACAUCAACCUGCUGUCUCUGACGUAACACAGCUGUGUCCUCAUAGAGCUAACAGUGUUCAAACUUGAAAUAAAGUCAGAGACUCAUCCAGACAUCAAUAUCCUCUGUUACCAUGAAGAACAAAUUCAGAGCAGGGCUUUCUGUAUCCGCUGCCUUUCUGUUUCUACCAACAGCUCUGUCAUUUGUGUAAUCAUGAAGACAUGCUCUAUAAUUUGAGACUCAAACCUCAUGACUUUCCAGCAGGUUGUCUCUAAAAAAGCUGCUUGAGCUUCUUUCUGUUUCCCUAGAGGCUGCUUUUAUUGAGCUGAUAUAUUAAUGUACUCUGCAGACCUCUUUAGUCCUGCAUGUAUGCUAACAGACAGCAUUAUAAAUAUACAAUAUUAAUGUAUAGCAGCCUGAUAUCAUGGCUAUGGGGAAUCAUGUAUGUGUAUAUAAAUUGCAUUACAGGUCUGCAUACAUAUGACACUGUCCAUUGUGAGACACAGGGUGGCAGCAGAGGAUCAUGUGAAGAUUUACAGUCGCGUGUUUUCUGCCUGGUUGAGGACUGACCCUGAGAGGAUGGUUGGAGAAGAUUCUGGCGUUUUUAAAGGGCUGCUGAGGUCGAAUCUGUGAUUUCCAUGCUGAGUUUAAAUCAUGAUUCUGAUCAAUAUAAAUACUGGGUCAUGUAGAUGUUAGAGGUCCCAAAAGGUGAGGACCUCUGCAGGAAAACACGAUCUAUAUCUAUCAAGCAAAAACAGACUGACUCUGUUUCUAACUGGAUUAAUGCUUUGUUUGUUGUGUUAAAAUGCAAUGCCUUUCUAUCAUAAAUAUCCUUAUUUAUUUAUUUUUUUAUUUUAUUUUAUUUUUUUUAAGAUUGGUUGGCUCUCGUCCUGUUCACUUUAGUUAAUCAUUUAAAUCAUUGUUUUUUUAGCCUCCAUCAAAUAUGUUUAAUGUUUAUUUUAGCUUAUUUUUUUGGGGGGUGGGGGAGUACAUUUCAGUUUAGAUGUUAUUAAGCAUAUUUUCCUGUAGUGUCUGACUUAAUAUGAUGGUGUUAUAUGACGUCCUCAAACCUGAAAACCCUGCUUUGAACUCCUGGCAUAAUCAAAGGCUGCUAAAAUAUCUGAAUCAGAACAUUUUUAUUUGACUGGUACAUUAAUAAAAAUACCGCAGACAAUAUGAAAA